UUUUAUAAUUUAUUUCUUUAUUUUUUUGUCUCUCUUCUGCUACUGCUACUUCUUACUCUCUUUUCUUUAUUUUUGUGGCUUCCGCAUUUAUUAUCCAAAGGUUCACUCUCUCUCGCGCUUUCUUCAUAUUCUUUCUCUUAUUUUCCAUUUUCUCACUGCAACCAUGAGUGAUAGGGGUGACAAAGUGUGCCCAUUGUGCACCGAGGAGAUGGAUUUGACCGAUCAGCAAUUGAAGCCAUGCAAAUGUGGCUAUGAGAUUUGUGUUUGGUGCUGGAAUCAAAUCAUGGAGAUGGCUGAAAAGGAGAAAACUGAGGGUCGCUGUCCAGCAUGCCGCUCAGCUUAUGACAAAGAAAGAAUUGUUGGAAUGGCUGCAAAUUGUGAAAGAUUGGUGGCUGAAAUAAAUUCAGAGCGAAAACUAAAAUCACAGAAGGCAAAGCCAAAACCAUCUGAAGGAAGGAUGCAUCUUAGCAAUGUUAGGGUUAUUCAGCGGAAUCUAGUGUACAUAAUUGGAUUACCACUGAACCUUGCGGAUGAAGCACUUCUUCCGCGGAGAGAGUACUUUGGCCAAUAUGGAAAGGUGUUGAAGGCCUCUAUUUCUAAAACAUCAACUGGGGUUAUUCAGCAUUCUUCAAACAACAGUUGCUGUGUGUAUAUAACAUAUUCGAAAGAGGAGGAAGCAGUGCGUUGUAUUCAGUCGGUUCACAGUUUUAUCUUAGAAGGUAGAUCCUUAAGGGCAUGCUUUGGAACCACCAAAUAUUGCCAUUCAUGGCUUAAAAACCAGCCUUGCAGCAUUCCAGACUGUUUGUAUUUGCAUGAAUUUGGUACUCAAGAAGAUAGUUUUACAAAAGAUGAUUUAGUUUCUGCCUUUACAAGGAGUAGAGUUCAACAAAAUAUUGGUGCGACUAUAAAUUUGCAUCGACGUUCGGGGAAUAUGUUACCACCCCCAGCAGAUGAGUAUACCGAUGGAAAUAUAUCAUCAACAGCCACACCCGAUUGUAGAGGUCCUGUUAAUACUGUUGGAAACUCUGAUGGUGGAUCUUUUGCUGACUCUGAUGGUGGAUCUUUUGCUGAUAAUGGUACAGAAAGAUCUAAUGCACUUCCUGGGGCAGCAUCAUGGGUCAUGUGUGUCUCUUCUAGCGUACCACUGGCUACAAGCAUGUCAGUUGCAGCUGGAACUCAUAGUCUUAAGCCCGAAACACCAAGUAGUAACGAAGCUCUUGCUUCUGAAAUUGGAAGCCCCAAAGGAUCUUCUGGUGCGAAAAAUAUUACAAUACCUGAAGGAAGUUCUGAAGCACAGCCAUCUGUUGUAUCAUGUGGUGGUGAUGUCAUAACAUCUGCUGGCACAAACUCUCUAGGACUUGCCAAACAGUCUCCUCCUCCAGCUAUGAACAAAGAGGAAAAUUUUGCGGAUGGAGAGUUUCAGGGAUUAUGCUCGGCAGUAUCGUCAAUUAGCAUUUCUAGCCAUCCUAAGGAUGAGAACACUAGUUCUGCUAUUCCAAUAAGUUCAGUUUAUACCCAUAGCCUGCCCAUAACUCGCGGUUCAUAUCAGGAUGUCAACCUACUUAUUGAGUCUUCAGCUUCACCAGCAUUAAGGGAAAGCUCAAUCGUGGAGGAUUUACCAGGUUUUGAUAAACAGCUUAGUGAUUCUGGAGAUGCCUACAAUCUACAACUCCGAUCUUGUCUACUUUCUUCAAAACAGAAUCUGAAACCCUUGGGUCAUCACCCUGGGCAGCAAGGCGAAAGUAAUCAUCAUAGUCCUGUUGAUUCCCAUCAGAGCACUGUACCAAUUAAAUGCGAUGGUGUUGCUUAUCAGUUGAGGUCUGGCCUGCCAGUACUGUCUAAUGGGUCCUGUGGUAACCAGCCUAGUGGCCAUUUUGAAUUGGAUAGGGCUUCUAACUAUUCUAGUAUCUUGUCUGAUGUGGGAUCAGCUAAAUAUUUGGAAGGAUGUGAUGAUACUAAAGUUAGUUCUAACAAUAAAGCUUUUCUGGAUAUAGGGGAAAGCAGCAUUAUCUCUAGUAUUCUAUCUAUGGAUUUGGAUGCAUGGGAAGAUACAUUGACCUCACCUAAGAGUUUUGUCAAGUUGCUAACUGAAACUGACAAGCAACAUGGUACACUAAAAGUGCCAAGUUUAAGAAAAGUACAGGACAGCAAUCAGUCAAGGUUCUCCUUCGCCAGACAGGAUGAUUUCCUUGACCAGGAUUGUAAUAUGGGGCAUCCUCUGGCAAAUGCAAUCAAUAGUUCUUCUGCUUCUCAUCAUUAUAAUGAGAACAAGUAUCUUAGCAUGGACAAAUACAAUGAUAUUUCUUCAAAUGGUAGUUCUGUGGAGUCCAAUAGUUUUCUCAGCAGUCAUACUUUUCCGGGAUCUAAUUAUUCAGUUGCCAAAGCUCCAACAUCUCCACCAGGAUUUUCUGUUUCAAGCAGGGCAGUACCCCCAGGGUUUCCUACUAAUAGGCCAAUGAACUAUGAUGCAAACUUUAUGCUUCAAAACUCUGCACCAUCAUCUAGGAAAGUUGGUAGCUACGCUGAUGUUGAAUUCUUUGAUCCUGCAAUUAUGGAAGUUGGUGAUGGGCUCCUGGCAGCAAGGCUGAAUAGUUCAAGCUUUGACAUGAGGCCGGCUAUGUCGUCGCGUUUUAGUCCUUUUGAUCAUGAUACAGAGCUUCAGUUGCUGAUGCAGCAACCAAUUUCUGCCAAGCAGAACCAUAGAUUCCCAGAUCACUUCAGGAGUAGAGUCUCUCCCCCAAAUGAUGCUUACAACAUAUCAUCCAUGCUUAUGGGCCAAUCCCCACCCAGCAAUCCAUCUCCAUUUGCACAAGUGACAGCUCAACAGGUUAGAAAUGUACACAUGUCAAAUGGCUGUUGGAGUGGUUGGGAUGAGACCAAGAGUGUCAAUAAUGUGGGUAUGCCAGAAUUGCUCGUGAAUGGGAGGCUAGGAUUCAACAAAAUUAUCCCUAGUCAUGAAGAUCUGAAGUAUCACAUUUCUAGUUCCAGCAAGCUAUACAAUAGAGGAUUUGCCUUGUAGAUUUUGUUGAAAUUGGAAUUCCGUGAUGCUUGGAUAGAUUAAUGGGAAUGUGAGUGGGUGAUUUGUUGGAUGUGAAUUGCCAUUGUUUUUUAUGAGGCCGGUUCUCUUGAUUUUGUGCACACUGUUCUAUUGGCAAAGGACAAGUAAGCUGCAUUGUUUGCCCUCUUGUCCAGGAAGCUCCAUCUGGUUUUGAAGAAAUAAAGCCUAUUAUGCCUGCAGAACUAAAGGUGGAGGUUUUGAAGGAUAUGUUUGACUGGCAUUGUUUCAUGAAAUCAUUACCUGUUUGUUUUUCCUUGAAGCAGAUACAGUUGCCACACGAAUUAAGUUCCAAUAAACCAUUAUUGGUUUGUAAUUGCAGGUAUGCUGAAACAAGAACAUUUCUUUUGGCAUGGGCAGCUAGCUUACUCAGGAUGGAUUGAAUCCUAUAAUUAACUUAUUGACUGUCUGAAGAGAAGGAAAAAGACACGAGACGUAAAGUUCAGUGUCCUCGUUACAUGACAUGGGGCAAAAUCUGGGGGAGGUAUUCAGUUUCAAGCCACCUUGGUUAAACCACAACAUUCCUAUGAUGAGCGACAGGUGGAACCUUUUACUGUUUGUAGAAGUACGAUAGGUGGAACCCAACAUUCCCAUCAAGUUCUAAUUUUCUCAUUGGAUGAAAUUCGAUAUUGCAUUUCUAGUAA